CCGGCGGCGGGGGCGGGCGGCGGGAGGCGGCGGAGCGCGGAGCCUGAGCCCGGCCGGGCCGAGCGCAGCGCAGCGGGCCGGGGAGAGGCUGGCGCGCCCGCGGCCCCGCGAAUCCUCUGUCAUCCGCCCCGGCGGGCCGCCCCGGCGCGGGUGAAGCAUGGAGCUGCGUGUGGGGAAUAAGUACCGCCUGGGCCGAAAGAUCGGCAGCGGGUCCUUCGGAGACAUCUACUUGGGUGCCAACAUUGCUUCUGGUGAGGAAGUAGCCAUCAAGCUCGAAUGUGUGAAAACAAAGCACCCGCAGCUCCACAUUGAGAGCAAGUUCUACAAGAUGAUGCAGGGAGGAGUGGGCAUCCCGUCCAUCAAAUGGUGCGGGGCCGAGGGUGACUACAAUGUGAUGGUCAUGGAGCUGCUGGGGCCCAGUCUCGAGGACCUCUUCAACUUCUGCUCCCGAAAGUUCAGCCUCAAGACGGUGCUGCUGCUAGCCGACCAGAUGAUCAGCCGUAUCGAGUACAUCCACUCCAAGAACUUCAUCCAUCGGGACGUGAAGCCGGAUAACUUCCUCAUGGGCCUGGGGAAGAAAGGCAACCUGGUCUACAUCAUUGACUUCGGCCUGGCCAAGAAAUACCGUGAUGCCCGCACCCACCAGCAUAUCCCCUACCGGGAAAACAAGAACCUGACUGGCACUGCCCGCUAUGCCUCCAUUAACACCCACCUGGGCAUCGAGCAAAGCCGUCGAGAUGACCUGGAGAGCUUGGGCUACGUGCUCAUGUAUUUCAACCUGGGCUCCCUGCCCUGGCAGGGUCUCAAAGCAGCCACCAAACGUCAGAAGUAUGAACGUAUCAGUGAGAAGAAGAUGUCGACGCCCAUUGAGGUCCUCUGCAAAGGCUACCCCUCUGAGUUCUCAACAUACCUCAACUUCUGCCGCUCCCUGCGGUUCGAUGACAAGCCCGACUACUCCUACCUGCGCCAGCUCUUCCGCAACCUCUUUCACCGGCAGGGUUUCUCCUACGACUACGUCUUCGACUGGAACAUGCUCAAAUUCGGUGCAGCCCGGAAUCCCGAGGACGUAGACCGGGAGCGACGAGAACACGAACGGGAAGAGAGGAUGGGGCAGUUGCGGGGGUCCGCGACCAGAGCCCUGCCCCCUGGCCCACCUACGGGGGCCACCGCCAACCGACUCCGAAGUGCAGCCGAGCCUGUGGCUUCCACCCCAGCCUCCCGCAUCCAACAGGCUGGCAAUACUUCUCCCAGAGCAAUCUCACGGGCCGACCGGGAGAGGAAGGUGAGCAUGAGACUCCACAGAGGUGCGCCUGCCAAUGUCUCGUCUUCAGACCUCACCGGGCGGCAAGAGGUCUCCCGGAUUUCAGCCUCACAGACAAGCGUGCCAUUUGACCAUCUUGGGAAAUGAGGAGAGCUGCCACGGUCCAGUGUUUGCUUAGUGUCUUCACUGCAUCUUCUUAGAAACAAAAUGAAACAAAGGACAGAACGAACCAACCGCUCAAAUGAACAGAAAGGAGAAAACAACACACAACCCAGCACAAAGUCGACAAUGGAUUUUGUUUCUUUGAUUUAUUUUUCCAAUGGCAAAAAGACAAGAUGUCCUAUCACUGAGGAUUCCUGUCCCCCUCCCCUUGCCCGACCCAAAGGCUGCCAACACUCCAAUAAUGACAUCGGAUCAUACUCCAGCCACCUGUUCCCACCACCACCCACCACGUGCCGGGUAGCCGUAGGAGGUGCCUGAAGAAUUUGCAUCAGGGAGUGGUUUGGCCGGUCAAAGACAAGUCCCUUGAGAUUUCAUGAGCCUCAGAUUCAAGGAGACAUGCACAGCUGCAGUCCCUUGGCAGUGACAAUGGCCAGCUUCGUAUUGGGCAUUCCCAGAGUCCCCCUAAGUAUCCUGGUCCCCCUCCGUCUCCCCCUCCCAUCACCUCUCUGCAGAGACCUUGAGAGGGCUGUGAGGUGGUGGGCCAUGAUGCCUUGUGCAUGUGUGAGUGUGUGAGUGUGUGUGAGUGUGUGUGUGACCUGUAUUUUCCAGAGCGGCAGGUGGGCUGCCACGCCUACCUAGCCAAGUUUCUGUUCUCGUCCCCCUGAAGUCAAGGUGGGGUGGACAAUGACCUCCACAUCCCUCAGGGCAUAGAGUCCUUGCCACCACCUGUCCCCGGAUGCCAGUGCGUGGCAGCCCCAUCUUCCAUAUCUGAUCUUAGGGCAAGUUCACGGAGUCUGCUCCCAAAUGGCUUCGGCUCUGACUUACCAGUUAGUCCCCUGGUCCUGACAGUCACCUGUGGUCACCCCUCUUCCCAGGCCUGACUUCUGAGUAGGACCCUGGGUCAGGGUUAAGUGUUGAAUUUACCCUUCCUGGUUAACACCUGGUUUUUAACUUUAUUUUAUCUUUGUUUGUUUUCUCGGUGUGUGUAUUUCCUAAUUUAUUUACCUCUUUUUCCCUUUCUUUUUUUUAAUUAAAGAGCAAAACUUUUUAUUACUUUGUAAUUUAAAAAACUGAAAAAAAAAUUACUGAAGAACUUUGGGGGGAAUUUUGUACUUUUUCCUGUGUAAAUAUUGGACUUUUUUGAGCUUUAUUGUGGUUGUUAAUUUGAAGUAAUAAAGUAGAAAAGGACA